CAUCUGUUUUCAUCUAAAAAAAAAACAAAAAUAUUUUUUUUAAUUUUUAAUAAUUUUUUUAAAAAUAAUUUGCUCGAAAGGAAAUGCUCAGAAGGACAUUUGGAGUUGCCUUGAACAGUUUUCAACGAAGAUUUUAUUGCAAACCAACAGAAAGCCGCUCAAGCUUCGUAAUUAAUCACGAUGGCGAUUUGGGCUUGUCGAAAAUGCUUUCGGGGCAACGUCUCAAGAAAUCUGAUCCGAUAAUUGCUUGCAUUGGAGCCACAGAAGAACUCAACGCCUUCCUCGGACUGUCUCGAAUUCAAGCUCGCGAAGCAAAUCAUCCGUAUGUCGAGCACUUGAAACGAAUCCAAACAGUUUUGAUCGAUUUGGCGAAUCAUCUUUCCAAAUCCCCCACGGAAGCUGACUCAGAUCUCGCAAUUCACACGAAAGAAAUGGAAGAAUGGCUUGACGCGUAUUCGCCGCAAGUUACGCCGAUCGACAAUAAUUUCAUUGUGCCGGGCGGAAGUGAAGCAAGUGCAACGUUGAUGAUUGCACGAGCAGUUUGUCGAAGAGUUGAGCGAUCGGCAGUUGCGUUGGUCGAUGAAAAAGUUUUGAGUACAGAUGUGACGGCUUAUUUGAAUCGAUUGGGAGACUUUUUGCUGAUGUUGUCGCGAAUUGCCACGAAAUUGGAUGAGAGAACGGAAUAUGUGUACAUUCCGAAGCCUGAUACCGCGAAAAAGGCGUGAUUUUUGCCAUGUUUUUAUUUUUAUCAUUUUUUUUUUUAUUUUUAGAGAAUUUUAUUUUUAUUAUUGAAGAAGAGACAAAGAAGCAUUUAUGAAACAAAUAAA